UGAACCAUUGGCAAAAGUUUGUCGUGGUCUUGUGCAGUCAGCUUUUUGGCUGGUCCUUGGGCCAGAUGCUCAGGCAUGUGUUUGUCGGCCGCGGAAACGGAAUGAUCUGGCCGGAUAAUCUGCCGCUAUCGUUCCUCAUACAGACACUAUUCCCAAGGGCGCAUACGCGGAAGACUGCAGUGGUAGCGGGUGGUAAGGCGGAGGCAGAUAAUGGAGGCGAAAUCCACUUGUCGGACUCGAGCGUCACCAUCACUGGUGAGUUUGUCGAGGACACUGGUGUGGCAAAGAAUGGCUGUGGCGGCAGGAGCGACAAAGUCGAAAUAUACGAAGUAGAGAACAUGCCAGCAGCAGCAGCAAAAAAUAUAUCCGCAGCACCGACCACAAGCCCAUCGCCAUCAUCCGCAGACGGGAGCACCACGAUGUCGCGCAAACGGCACCUUGCUCUCCUCACAGUGGCAACCUUCGUGUACCAGUUUACAAUUAGCUACAUAGCGCCGGUAUUCAAAUCGCUCUGCCUGCUGUGUGUCUGGGCGCCGCGCAGCAAGCUGAUGAGCCUUCUGGGAUCCGGGUGGGAUGGCGCCGGGAUACUCUCGCUGACCUUCGACUGGACCGCCAUGGGCACACUCCAGCCACUGGUGUCCCCGCUCUGGGCGCAGCUCCACUACUACCUGGGUGCGCUCCUCAUGAUGUACAUUCUGACACCACUCGCCUGGACAAUGAACUGGUGGGACGCCCGCAAUUUCCCAAUUGUGUCCACAAACGUCUUUGAUGUUGGUGGAAACGUUUACAACAUUUCGCUCAUUCAGCAAGCCAGCAGCAGCAGCAUCUUUGACUACGACCCCUUGGGGGAGGAGCUGGCCCAGAUGGUGGUAAUGGGGACAGUGAGUCAGAAUAUUCUGUCGACAAAAGCGCUCCCUCUGGCAUUCAAUGCAUAUUCGCCCGUGAGGCUAUCGGUGAAUGGCGCCCUUGGGUAUAUUUUCUCUGUUGCUGCGAUAACCGCUGCCGCCAUGCAUUUGGCCAUUUGGCAUCCUCAGUGGCUGCGCCAGGCGGUUUCAGACAUCAUCCAUGCGAUUCUGCGGCUCUGGGACCCGCGGCUUCUGUUCCACACGCAAAACCUCAACGCCAACACUGGCGGGAGUCGCCGGGGGCGCACCAGCCGGUGGUCUGCGCAGGUAGCCAGUCUAGGGGGGAGCCUGAACCCCAUCAGCCACAACAGCGCCGCCACACUGCCGGUGCUCAGCAUGCAGGAGAGCCAAAGCAGCUCGGACGUCCAGGGAUCCUGGGACCUUCUGUAUAUUUCCGGGCGUAUCGGCCGCCUCCUGAUACUCACCCUGUCCUUGGGCACCGCCAUGUUCUCGGCUCAAAUGGGGAUAUCAAAGCUGCCUGGGUGGCAGAUCUUUGUCGCCGUGGUCUGGGCAAUCUUUGCCUGUCUUCCGACGGGCUUCGUCGAGGCUGUCACUGGGUUCACACUGCCAAUUGACUUGCUCCCGCACAUACUCGCCGGGUGGAUGCAGGCACCCGGAAAGCCCAUCGAAACCAGCUACUUUCAUCUCUGGGCCACUGUUCCCGUGCAGGUGGCCCUGGGCUGGUCUGGUGUCCGCAGCUACCAGCUCGUCCACCACUGCUGCAUACAACCGCCUGCAGCUGAGCCUGUCAGCGGCCUGCCGCGAAAUGAGUCGCCAGAGGGCAAGCCGGCGGCAAGGGCCCGGCAACAGCAGCAACGGCAGCAACAGCGGAACCAGCUGCCGUGGAUGAAGCGCGGCCUGCUUAUUGGCAUAAUCUGGGGCGCCUGCGUCAACCACCUAUCGUACAUCGCGCACAGCAGCAGCCGCGGUCAAGCGCGCACGCUACCGAUAGAAAUGGCCAUCGAACAGCAGCCCCAGGGGCUGUACGCAGACGAGACCGAGAACAUCGUCACGGCUGCUACUGCCGACAGCGGCAGGCUUCUGGGGUGGCAUGAGGAGGGGGAGUUUGGGAGACUCCCUGCGGCAUUGAGCUCCGAGCUUGUCGUUUGGGGAAUUGUCGGCCCACAAUCACUCUUUGCAUUUGACAGUCCCUAUCGCCUGAUAUUCGUCUAUGGGUCCUUGAUCGGCUCCCUGCUCCCGCCCAUGCUCUACGCCAUCCACCGGGUGCUGCUGUAUUGCGCUGCGCAGAUGGAAUGCAGUGGUCGGGUGGGGAGCCGGCCGUGGCUGUACCGUGUGGCUGUGCAGGGCGCGGGCGUCGCCAAGGAGGUCCAGGUGCCCUUGGUGCUGAUGGGCAUGGUGGCGGUGCCAACUAUUCCGGCGAAUUUUAUGAUUUCGGGCCUUUUGGUCGCUGUCAUCGGCCAGUAUUGGUGCCGGUAUCAGAGAAAGACCCUGGCCGAUAGGUCGCUGUACAGUGCCGCUAUGGAUACCGGCACGAGAAUGUCGGUGGCUGUGUUGUUUGUUAUUGGCCAGUUCCUUUUGAGCAAAGGAAUGCCUUUGUCGUUUGUCAAUUGGUGGGGCAAUCAAGUGGGGAAUGUCGAGCGAUGCUUGCUAUUGUGAUCAAACAAGGUUU